AUGAUUCCGAUUAAGCCGCCGAUUGCCCAUCAGGGUUCGCUGGCAGGCGCAAAGCAGGAAGAUGCUGACGAGGACACAUUUCCAGGAGUUGCCACCUCAGAGCAGAUCGGCGAUGUGGUGCUGGACUUUGGCGUGGACACAAUGCCUGCCUGCUCUGCUUUGCUUCGUUUGGCCUCGCCGGUGUUCAACCGCAUGCUCGCGAGUGGCAUGAAGGAGGCACAGCAAAGCAUCAUCAAGGUGGAGGUGGCGAACAAAGCCGAGUUUGAGACAUUCUAUGCCUUACUCGGACCCGCCGCUUGGGGUGCCCACAAAGUCACAGAGGCAAACGUUGACGGGCUGCUGGCGAUUGGUGGCUACUAUCAGGUGGGCUUCCUGCUGCAGGCUUGCGAGAAUCUCCUGCUGCAACUUCCGGUCACAGGAGAACGACUCGUUCAAGCUUCGAAGCACGGCCUGAAGAAGCAGCAAGAAAGAUGUAUCUAUGAGUUGGCCAGGGACUGCAAGAAGCAGGACCUGAUUGCCCUCCACCGCUCAGAUGCGGACAUGCUUCUUCAGGUGGCCAUGAAGAAGCAAGACCUUUUUAGCACAUUUGCGGGCAACAUCCGGGAAUUCGGGAGCAGCGCAUCCGUGGGCGUCGUGGCCGCCACUUCGUACAGGCCAAUCUCGAUCGGCGGCAGGCCAGCAGGCAGCAUGUAUUGGGGCGCAGAGAACACUGAAUAUCCACCGCCCAUCUAG